AUGACAAACAACAACUUGAUUGACGACUGCAUUUUCUGCAAAAUUAUUCGUGGCGAAAUCCCUUCGCACAAGAUUGCCGAGACCGAUAAGGCUUGCGCGUUCCUGGAUAUCAAUCCGAUCAGCGAGGGUCAUUGCUUGGUGAUUCCCAAGUACCACGGCGAGUUUUUCCAUCAAAUUCCUGACGACUAUCUUGCCGACAUUUUGCCUCUUGCCCGAAAGGUCGCACUUGCCAGCGGUCUUGAUGAAGCGCAAUACAACUUGCUUCAGAACAAUGGUCCCAUGGCUCACCAGGUCGUUCCCCACGUUCAUUUCCAUAUCAUUCCCAAACCUAGAAAGGAGGAAGGUUUGAUCGUUGGCUGGCCCAUGAAGGAAGCUUCUCAAGAUAAGCUCAAGGGUACCUUAAACCGCAUCAAGGAGAAGCUGUAA